CAAUCUGACUGCACUGGUCUCAAAAGAUCCUGCGAUACUCUGGCGCAGUCUGACGCAAGUUUCUGAAACAAUAAUCUGAUGCAAUAAUUGUUCGAUUGUUGCGCAUCAAAUCUGUUUCAAACUUGUGCAAUAUUUCAAUACCAGAACGACACAACUCAUUACCAUUUAUCCUGUACUGGCUAUUGGACCUGUACAUAAAAUAUUUUUAAAGCUCCAUAAUUAACAAGAUUUAUAGUAGUGUUAUUAACGCCUCUGAAUAUGGGACCGAUCAAAAAGCUGUUUUAUGUCAUUAAAUUCGUAGAAGUGCCAUCUUGGGAAGAAGAAGAAUAUCAUGUGGUACCAUCGUCGUGGGUUUUGUCACAUUCACAUGAGGAAGCAGAAGCAGCAUUCCCAAUGCUUAGAAAAACGAAGUUACUGAAGUAUAUUACAAACAGGAAGCAGCCUAAUAAGAGAUGGCCGGUAUUUCGAGUGACUACCGAAUUCAAAACUAAUGUAUAUGAUGACGCACUACUCUACAUUCAGUUCCGACAAAAUACCAAUACGGUUGAUGAUUUAAUGCAUUUGUUGAAGCCGAAGAAGGAAUCAUCUGAUUUUCGGAAAUGCAGUGUGAUGAAUAGUAACGUUAGAACUUUUGGGGAAGCUUAUAAUGAUAUGAAAUCAGCAGGAAGAGGAUCAAAGUUACUGAAAGAAACGAUUUACAUUUUUGAUGAAAGCAGUCUCAGUGAUUCUUCUUCAGUAACCUGUGAAAAUGAAACCUCGGAAGUAGCCAAUACUAAUCUAUCAUAUCCACCAAUGCCGGUGAAUAAAAUUAAAGCAAUGGCAUUAGAACAUGAACUUUUGUUUAAAAUGCGCGAGAACAUGAGUGAAGCAGCUAAAUUACUGGAGGUGUUCACGGCUCUUAGAAGUGGUGUUGAUUGAAGUGAAUAUAAUGUUUUGAACUAACUUUUUAUUUAGAUGAUGGUUUUUUAUAUAAUAAGUCAUGAAUCUGCUGAUUGUUAAGAAUUAAAAUGACCUAUUUGCAAGAACUGUGUGGUUUUAAUAAAGAUCAAUCUUAAUUCCAUUGCUUGUUCCGGGUAGUGACUAAGUCGGUGUACACUGGAUUGUUAAUCUAUUAGAAAAAAGACGUGGCACGACAUACUAAUAUCAAUCAUGAGUCUGUUGACAACUUAUUAAUAGCACCGAUAGAAGUCGAUUUCAAACGCACAACCGCUUUAGCUACCGUGGCAACUAAUUUUUACUGGAUGACCAUGCGCAUUUGUUGAUUUGCAGUUUUUAUUUUUGUAAAAUCUGAAUAAAUUAUGAUUACGUUCUUAGAAAAAGUGUGACCACUCAAUUAUUUUAGUGUUAUUACCGAAUUUAGUUACUUAUGAAUAUUCAAUUAUUUUUAUGGCUUUUUUGGCGUCAGGGAGGAAACACUAGACAAGCCAACAAAUUUUUCCUGGUUUUAUAUUUAGAUUUAAUUUUUAUGUGGCUCCGCAAACAAUUGUACCUCAGGACCUUCCUCUGCCGUUGAAUUUAAAAUUAGUAAUUUGGUCAUCACUUACCUUUUAUAUUGUCCUGCUGGAUUUCGGUGGCUAGAGUGUCGCUGUGUCUCGAAGGAUUGAUCUUUUAUACAUAAUGACCAGGAAUAGAGAAUGAGGUUCCUUACACUAGAUGAAUAAUAAGUAGCUAGAUUUUUCCAAGUAAUAUUUUAUGAUUAUUGAAAAAUUGGCCUGAUUGGUCUAUAGAACCUAACAGAUAAACCUCUUCAAAUUCAAAACUGAGUUUGAUCACAACGAUUUUCCAAGACUCGUUAGUACUUGUCAGCUUCGUUACUUUUGAUGUACUUGUAGAGGGGACUGAUUAACUGUCAUUAUUGGCUAAUAUCUUCUGUUUGCCAAAAGUAUUUCCCUGAUUGGAUAGACCAGUGAUGACGUGGUUUAAGGUGUUAGUCGUUGCUAUCGUUUUUCAAAAAGGAAACUGCACUUUGCGUCAGCCUGAAAACAGGGUCCCCUUUUUAUACGGGGCAAAGACUGAAAAACUCUAGCAUGAGCCCUUUCAAUAUUCUUUCAACAAAAGGUAUAUCCCAAAAAAAGAUUACUAACUUUCAGAACACGAUACUUGAAAAUAAAACAAACAUCAUACAUUUAAAAAUCAGACUUUAUUUACAACGUAAAUUCGAUAGGAGAUUCUUGGCAUGGCGUGAUCUGAAACAAUGAAACAACUUGUUAAGUAUACAAUCAUCCUUUUUCAACAAUAGCAUGUUACAAACGAAGCCAGAGAUAAACGAAGCGAAUUGAACGCCUAGAUUUAUGUUACCACAUCAAAUUGCAGUAAAACAACAUAGCAUGACGGAAUAGUGUGGCUGCUAAGAGAAAUUACAGUCAGCUUUUCAGAUCUUCUAAUCUACCCUGCGUCUCCUUAUAAUUCCGAUGGCAAUCCUUUUUGACAGCAGAAGUGUCAAAAACUGUGAUGUUUACUAUACUUUUAUCAAGAGAACAAAGAACUUAACUUACAAAAUUAUUGAAGCGCUAUAUCUAUGCGCAUCUUAAAAUAGGUGCCGUCUGGGUCGUUGCUUACGUCAUCAAUUCUGCGGAACCAAAACUGCUGGUGAUAGUUUAUUAAUUCAGCUGUCACAUUUUCAAUGGUAAUAGAAGUCCCAUGUAAUGUUCGGUUGCUAUUCCACUGGCUUUUAAUUUCAUUAUACAGCACAAUUUCUAUCACAUCAUUCGAAUACACUUUCCAGUCGUUUGGCAAAAUACACAAAUACCUCAAUGGCAUAUUAAUCGUUCUGAACAAACUAACAAACUAGACACUGUUAUUUAGCACGUGUUGAGUGGAUGAGAUCCAGAUCUUCACUCGCAAGCAUAAUAUAAAAAAAACCUGAGUGCAAUCGUAAAAAUAAACAUUUCGUUGGCAAUAAAAAAUAAAUCUUAUCAGACCACGUUGGACUCAAAGUUAUCGGAAGGUCUUGCAUACAAUAAUACGACUUACCAAUAUAUACAUCCGGAAUCGUUAUAUUUCAAUCUUCAAGCUCUAUGAUUCGGAGAUUCUUGAUCUCCAGGCGAAAAUGUGUUCCAUUUAAUGAGUCGUUGUCUGAUUUGUAGAACCAUAUGAACCUGCCGCAGUCUCGCAGUCGUACACUAACUCCAAGGAAUUCCAUGAAUGCUCCGUGUAUUUCACAGCGACGUUUAAAACAUUCUCGAACAAUUUUCACGAUCUUUUUUUCCAAAAAUGAGGUUGGACACUUUUUCCACUCGUUUGGCACCAAGCACAAACCGUGAAUACAGCGGUACUUCAAAAGUCGUAGAGACAUGGUUAAAAUGUGUGUUACCCGAGUGGCACUUGAGAUUCAAAUAAAGUCCAGCAGAAAAAUUGUCAACUUCUCUCUGCAUGAUAUGAAGAAGAGAUGAUUCGGGACUUCCCGGUCAUAUGUUAUCUCACUCGAAAAAAAAAACAAAUUUGAGAAGAAACCCGAUUUUUGUGAUAUUGUUUUGAAUUCGCACAAGGCCGCGCACGCAAUAAAUAGCUUAUCCCUUAAACGACAACAAGUGCCGUUUUGACCCUCAAUUAUUUUUAAUCGAGUUUCUUACAUUUUUCAACAGGAAAUCAAACCAGCUUCGUUAUCUACCGUCAAAUGGGACUAACUUAUUUCUUUGAAAAAUUCAC